CCCUGGGAGUGGAGAAGAGGAGGAGCGCGAACUGCGCAGGCGUCUCUCGCACCUUGUUGAUUAGUCAGUCCCCUGUGCUGGGAUGGCGUUUACUGGGUCAACUGGAGCUAUCCGCGAAAGAGUCUGCGGGAGCAACAGCAGCCGCCUUUGCAACCCACGCCGCGGCUGGCGGAGCAGCAGCGGUCGGUGGCAAGUCACCUUGCCGUUGCGCCAAGUCCAGGAUGGCCCGGGAAGGCGACGGCGGCAACACUAGAAGCUGAAGGAAGAGUGCAGCUUCCCCCCCCCCCCGCCAAAGACUUCGCCGCCGCUCGACUCUUCCGAACCGAAAGAAGGGCGGGAAGAUGGAUGCGGCCCCUUCGCCGGGCUUCGGUCUGAAGGAUGUGAAAUGGAGCUCCGUGUCCAUCCCUUUGGACCUUCUGGUUAGCACUUACCGCUUGCCCCAGGUCGUCAAACUGGACGGCGGAGAACCUAUAGAUGGUCUUCGAGAGAGUGAUUACCUAUUGAUUCAUUCAUGCCGACAGUGGACAACUAUUACAGCUCAUAGUCUAGAGGAGGGCCAUUACGUCAUAGGGCCGAAGAUAGAAAUUCCAGUGCAUUAUGCCGGGCAGUUUAAGCUGCUGGAACAAGACCGCGAUAUUAAGGAGCCAGUGCAGUAUUUUAACAGUGUGGAGGAGGUGGCUAAAGCAUUUCCUGAACGAGUUUACGUCAUGGAGGAAAUAACAUUCAACGUUAAGGUGGCUUCAGGUGAAUGCAAUGAAGAUACAGAAGUUUAUAAUAUUACCCUUUGCACAGGAGAUGAGCUCACAUUAAUGGGACAAGCAGAAAUCCUAUAUGCAAAAUCUUCAAAGGAAAAAUCACGGCUCAAUACCAUCUUCAAGAAAAUUGGAAAACUCAAUUCCAUUAGCAAAUUGGGCAAAGGCAAAAUGCCUUGCUUGAUUUGCAUGAACCAUCGGACCAAUGAGAGUAUUAGCCUGCCUUUUCAGUGUAAAGGAAGAUUUAGCACACGUAGUCCCUUAGAGCUGCAAAUGCAAGAAGGGGAGCAUACCAUUCGAAACAUCGUGGAAAAGACACGGCUCCCAGUAAAUGUGAAUGUGCCAAGCCCUCCCCCACGGAAUCCUUAUGACUUGCAUUUUGUCCGUGAAGGACACCGUUACAAGUUUGUUAAUAUUCAAACCAAGACAGUUGUGGUUUGCUGCGCACUACAUAGUAAUAAAAUUAUUCCAAUGCACUUUCCUUUGCAUUUAGCUCUUCCAAAGUUUACCCUUCCAGAAAGUCUUGUGAAAGGAGAAGCGUGGCAUGAAGCCUUUGUGAAGCACUGGUUCAGCCUCUGCCAAGAGCAGUUCGAUAUUGAUGAAUAUUCUCGUGCUGUGAGAGAUGUAAAAGCUGACUGGAAUGAAGACUGCAAAAGCCCACAAAAAAGUCGACCCACCAGCCACAACCAUGUGCCAAACUCGCUCAGUUAUGCUCGGGAUGAGUUGACCCAGUCUUUCCACCGUCUCUCUGUAUGUGUCUAUGGAAACAACCUCCAUGGAAAUAGUGAGGUGAACCUUCACGAUUGCAGAGACUUGUGUAACGAGUGGGCUUUAUCUUCUCAUGAUGCGUUGCAAGAUUCUAGGGAUGGGAGCUGUAACUACCUUUUUCCUGAAAUUAGUGAAGAAACAGUCUGUUUACCUCCUAAACUGGAACUUCCAUAUGAAGAACUAUGGUUGGACAAAGGGGGUGGGAAAGUGAAUGAUCAGCCUCUUACUCGCUCACAGAGCGAAAAGAACAAAUGUGACAACUACAGGAGUUCUUUCCGGUCCAAGGGUGGUACAGCUUCUCUGCCAGCACCUGGAUCUUCAGUAGCAACAGCAAAAUCCUCAGAUGUUUCCUUACCUCCACCACCUGUGCCUCCUAAAUCAGAAGCGGAACUGAGAGAGAUGAAGCGAACCAAGAGAUGCUGGCAGAAGACAAAUGAACUUGACCAAACAUGGGUCAGAGAGGAAUGUAGACUCCUGAAUGCUCCUCCUGUCCCACCACGCAAUUCAAAGCCAACAUCUACUAGCCCUUCUAUUCCUCCACGGAUGAGCAAACCUGUGCGGCAGCAAACUCGUUCUCCUAGUCCAACACUUUCAUAUUAUUCAUCAGGACUGCACAAUAUCAGUGCUACAGAAGAAGAUGCUGAAAACUCUUCCGAGAUUAUUCCCGUUACUUGUUAUCCAUGUGGUAUUGUGAAAAGUGACCUGCAAGAGCUUGACAACAAAUUGCCUUUGGGAAGCCCUUCUGCUGAUUCUUUGUUCUCUAGACUCUCAUGGCCAAAUCAUUUUUCUGGAGCUGCUGAAGGCCUUUCUAGGAGUGAGUUUCUGUUGGAUCCAAGCAGAAGUUAUAGCUAUCCAAGGCAGAAGACUCCCAACACGCCAAAGAGAAGCUGUCCAGCACCUUUUACAUUCGAUUUUGACAGAAAUGAAGUCUCUGCAGGAGAUGUACCACCAGCUACAAUUGAGGCAGAAUGCACCAUGCCCAGUUGCCCAAAGUCAGCAAGUUACUCACUUGAAUAUACCGAUGAAAAAAGUUUGGCAGUAAGCGGCACGUUGCAGUCACUUUCUUGCCCUGCCUUACCCCCUCGUGCACCAAAGAUGGUGGAGGAGAAGCCAGGGCUUGACUUGUGUCCUGGGUCUCUCAGAAUAGAUGGUGCUGAGGAAGAUCCUCACAGGAGCUCUCCAGACCUUUCUGAAGACCAGUAUCUGGGUAAAAAAAGCAUGCAAGACCUCUUCUCGGUUUCUUAUUCUUUCUCAUCACCCCUUCAUCUUCAGUUAGCACCGAGAUCUUGUGGUGAUGGUUCACCAUGGCAGCCACCUGUAGAUCUGUCUGGGCUUUCCAUUGAGGAAGUAUCGAAGUCUCUACGAUUUAUAGGCUUGUCGGAGGAUGUCAUAACACUUUUUGUUACUGAAAAAAUUGAUGGCAACUUGCUUGUCCAGCUCAAUGAAGAGAUCCUUUCUGAGGACUUUAAACUCAGCAAACUACAAGUUAAAAAAAUAUUGCAAUUUAUUAAUGGCUGGAGACCUAAAAUGUAGUGCUGACCAGUUCAACAAAAUGUAGAAGUAUGCUAGAAGCCCUGAAACUAACUCACAAUCUACCAUUUUUAAUUUUUUUAUUGCACUAAGUCCUUCCUUCCUUCCUCCCUUCCUUCCUUCCUUCCUUCCUUCCUUCCUUCCUUCCUUCCUUCCUUCCUUCCUUCUGUAAGUAGUAGGAGAAAAACAGUUAUUACUAUGCAGAUUAUUUUGGGCGUUAAGCAAACACUUUUGUACAUAAUAGAAGGAUAAAGGUGUGCCUUUUGCAUCCCUGAACAUUCAACAGCUGCUAAAUAGUGGACAUUAAAGGGAAUUAAUUUGUUCUCAUGUAGUGUAAUGAGACAUAUUUAUUACUAUGGGUUAGCAAAACUGGUGCACAAAUCAGUUUAUUAUUAUUAUUGCAUUUCCCUGUAAUCUUUUUUUCUUCUUGAGUUCUUAUUUUUAUUCUAAUAAUAAUAGUCGUUGCCUUCGAUUUUUAUUUGUUUAACAGAAAGUGUCAAAUAUUCCACCUUUGCACCUUGUUCUUGCUGUAGAUUCAUUUUUAUAAAAUUCCCAGGUUGUAAUAAAUAAUGGAUCCAUAUUUCAAUGCAAAAAAUAAACAAACCCCACCAUAGGCUGGGCAGAUAGAUUCUUGCACCCAGCAGGGUUUUUUUUUUUUACAUAGCAUACCAUUAAUAAAAAGAAAGAAAAAGGUAAAGGUUUUUGAUGUCUAGUAGGGACAUGAGUUUAAGAAUAUACUAUUUUAAUAAUUUGAAAAGUAAUAACUCGGUGUCAACCAAGAGCAGCAAAUAAUUGCAUUUAAAAGUUUUUGCAACCACUUUGCAAACUAUUGAAAUGUUUACAUGUAUUCUAAGCAAAUAUUGAUGCCCUAAUUUAAUUUGGAAUAAUUGAUAAAAGAUUAUUAUCUCUAUUGUUUAUGUAUAAAGUACAUUUAAAAUUAGAGUGGAUGUUAGAGUGAAUUUAAAUGUCAAUUGUAACUUCAGUUAAAAGAAGUGAGAAACUGGUAGAGUGAUUCAAUGAUUUCUUCCUGAUGAUUCAUAUUCUUCUUUUGUCCUUAAUAUUCUUAAAAAUGCAUAUAGUUAAGGAAGAAAAAAACCUGACCUAUUAAUCUAAAUUAAAAGAAUCCACAUUCCAAAAACUAAACCUAUCUAAUCAAAAUGAAACAGAAUAAUUUUCUUAAAGCAUUUUUUUUUUGCUUACGAGAAUAAUAAAUGUUUUGUUAAAUUAUGUAUGUAUAUUAUAAAUUUCUUGUAUAUCUGACAUGCAUUUGUUUAAGUGGCAGUGGGGGUUAAUCUGUUUACCCCUUAGUCAGUUUUGACUGUAACAGACUUUAAAAUGGACAGACCUCAAGCUUUUGGGAUUUAUUUUAGAGAAAUCCUGAGAUCCAGCGUUGCUAGAGGACUUAUACUAAAUAUAUUAUAAUACUGUGCUUCUGAGCACGUGUUUAGUCCACUUUUUUUUCCCCUCUCCAAGUAUUCUUUCUCAGGAACCUGUUAUGGUAGAGGGCAGAGGAAGUUAUUAAGCAAUUGGAAACCAGAAACCCUUACCAAUCAAUGGCAGUUUAACCAAAGAUCUACCAGUAUAUCUCAAUCUACUUUUUGUUCACACCUAUCAUGUUCAGCAAAAACGCUAAUAUCUCUAUAAGAGAAAAUGGAUCUAAUGUACCACCACUCGUUCCUUUGCACAUUUAAAUAUUAAACAGCAAGAAUAAAUGA